GGUUGGCCGGCACCCGAGCCCGAUAAAGCGAGGCCCCGCCCUCCGAACGCGAGCCUCACACAACCAUCCUCCUCCCCGCACCCGCCGGCGCCUCCGAAUCGCCAUGGCCGCCGCGCGCGCCCGGCGCUGAGCGCAUGCUGCGCCGCGGAACAGCUCGGGGAGCGCAGAUCUAGGGCCUCUGGCACGCGGCCCCAUGGGGCGGGGAUCGCCGCGGUGGGCGGCGCCGCUGCUGCUCGUCCUCCUCGCCGCUAUCGCCGUGGAGGGCUCCCCGGCGGCCGCCGAGGCGUGCCGGGUGCCUGCGGAGGCGGAGGCCGUGCUCGGGCCGUUGAGUACCUGCUCGCCGCUGGAUCGCCGGCUCGGCGACCCGGUCGGCGUCAUCGAGGGAGACGAGGCUACAUUGGCAAGGGCAAUUAAUCUUCUUCACGUUAACCAAGACGAGUACAUUGCUGUACUUUUCUAUGCCUCGUGGUGCCCGUUUUCACAAGAGUGCAAACCUAAUUUUGAGACGCUAGCUCACCUAUUCCCAACUAUCCGUCACUUUGCAUUCGAGGAAUCUGCAAUUAGACCAAGCAUAAUAUCAAGAUAUGGGAUUCAUGGCUUUCCAACACUAUUUCUCUUGAAUUCAACAAUGCGAGUGAGGUACCAUGGACCACGAACUAUUAAGCCGCUAGCUGCUUUCUACAGCGAUGUUUCAGGCAUCAGCGCAUCAAUGGAGUCAACUACAGGGGAGUCCAUGCCACAUCCAUUGGAUGAAAUUGAGCCUAAGAAGGACAUUGAACCGGAGAACUGUCCAUUCUGGUGGGCGCGUUCACCAGAAAACAUACUUCAGCAGGAUACUUAUCUAGCAUUGGCAACUUGUUUUGUGAUCCUGCGGUUACUGUAUCUCCUAUAUCCAAAGAUAGUUUCCGCAGCAAAAUUGGCAUGGAGGAGACACACUCGUUUUCCCAACUUGAUGGGUGUGCACGAGUAUUUCUUCACCUACCUUGAGCAAGCAAGGCAGAAAUUCAACAGGCUAUACCCGUCGAAGCGAGGGAAUUUACAAGAGGGGGCAAGGAGUGCCACCGCUUGGGCCUCCAAAUCAUUAGCGUCUGUGUCAAUCGGAGAACCAAGCACUAUCGGAAGGACAAACUCCACGAAUGAGCUAAGGUGAAGUUGUAACUUUUUUGUCCGCAGGGAUAUGUACAGUAGAGUGGCCAGGAUAUGAACACCAAAAAUCUGUUGUAACUUGUAACCGGCUUUAUUAGCUGUUGUAACAUCACCAUUAGAAUAAGCACCUACCCCAGAUUGUUGCUUUUAUAACCUUGUCUUGAAUAGUUGCCCAAAUACAUGUUCUUGGAGAAAAAAACCUUGAUUUAUCUCAUGAUACAACUGGUCGUUAGAACUGUAGUAUGGCCUUUGUGUUCCAGAGUUGAGGAUGCUAGAACUAGGAGUUUGGACUUUGUAUCCUCUUGUGAGGAUUCAGCAAGUGAGCAGAAUCAAACAUAAUUUGUAUCGACUUGUUCGUCAUCGAUAAUCAAUUUCUUCAGUCCUA